CAUGCGAGAAGCUCAUUUCCAUGUGUAGUUUGUGGCGAUCCUUUUCAAAAGCUCAGCUCAGGGAGGCAAGGCUGACAACUGCCGAAUGGGGGGCUGAUGUGGGUGCUCACUUGUCAAGCCCCAUCCAUGGUAGCCUCACGCCUUACACGCAACGGAUCCCGGAAGCUAUCUUCACAACCACAACGCUCUGGGCCUCGAAAUAACCUGAUCCAGACAGUAUUGUGACCAUGGCAUCCGCCAGCUCCUCCCAAGUCGAAAAAGAGGUCAACACGCUCCUCCACCAGCAAGAAGACUCCGCCAAACAUGUCCGCCCAACAGACCCCUCAGCCGUCGACACCAUCAUCACCAAACUCUUCACCUCCAACAUCGGCAGCAUAGCCAUCCGCGAGCUCAGCCAGCGCCUCAUCCUCCUCGUGCAAACCCCCGACUUCGCCCUCAACGACCGAAUCGAAAUAUGCACCACCCUGCUCGGCAAAAUCGAACAGUACCAAGCCUCCCAAGAAGAGCAGAUCGCGGAGCUCCGCAUGAUCCUCGCAAACACCUACGAAGCACUCGAUGACUUCCACUCCGCUGCCCAGAUGCUCGCCGCUAUCCCGCUCAACUCCUCGCAGCGCAAGAUCAGCUCGGAAGACAAAGCAGCGACGCUAAUCCGCAUCGUGCGUCUGCACCUCGAAUGCGACGACCCCACCUCCGCCGAAACCUACCUCAACAAAUUCAAAAACAUCAUGCACGAAGUCACCAACCCAACCUCGCUCAUCCACUUCCAAGUCUCCCAAGCCCGCAUCCAAGACUCCCGCCGCGACUUCCUCGCCGCAGCAAAAGGCUACGAAGACAUCAGCCACGACCCCUCCAUCGGCGAAGACGAGCAACUCCACACCCUCUCCAUGGCACUAAAAUGCGCCGUCCUCGCCCCCGCCGGCCCCGCCCGCUCGCGCGCCCUAAAUCGUCUCUACAGCGACGAGCGCGCGCCGCAGUUGGAGGAGUUUGCGAUCUUGGAGAACAUGCACCUGCAGCGUGUGAUUGCGCCGGGCGAGAUCGCGAAGUUCGCGGAGGGGCUGCAGGAGCACCAACUUGCGCGGAUGAGUGAUGGGUUGACGGUGCUGGAUAGGGCGAUGUUUGAGCAUAAUCUUUUGGCGGCCAGUAGGCUGUAUGCGAAUAUUGGGUUUGGGCCGCUGGGAGAGCUGCUGGGGAUUGGGGGGGAGAAGGCGGAGGAGAUGACGGCGAAGAUGAUUGAGCAGGGGAGAUUGGGGGGGAGGAUUGAUCAGAUUGAGGAGGUUAUUUGGUUUGAGGGGGCGCGGGAGGGGGGAGGGGGGGUGCUGAGGCAGUGGGAUUUUAAUGUGGAGGGGUUGGCGGAGGGGGUGGAGGGGAUUAUGGGACAGUUGCAGGCGAAGCAUCCGGAGUUUGUUGUGAAGAGUCUGGUGGUAUGA